GAGGGCGAGGGGGAGGGGACGCUGAAUGAUUACACCAGGACGGGACACGAUCCGAUACAGUUGUGAUAUUAUUGAUCAUAAACAGGCCUUUUAUUCUUACGCAUUGGUAGUUUCACUCCAGCGUUGUGCCAGAUAAGUACUUGCGAGGAUGACGAUGCCGCAUGUGGGGGCAGUAUUUGGAGCAAUAGCAGGAGUGAUGGCCAUCAUGUUGCACUCCUCCAUUCACAAGAUAGAAGAAGGACACCUUGCUGUGUACUACAGGGGUGGGGCAUUGCUGACCUCUCCAAACGGUCCUGGAUAUCACAUUAUGCUGCCUUUCAUUACCACAUUCAGAUCAGUGCAGACCACUCUCCAAACUGAUGAGAUCAAGAAUGUGCCUUGUGGAACAAGUGGUGGUGUGAUGAUCUAUUUUGACAGAAUAGAAGUCGUUAACAUGCUCGUCCCUUUCGCAGUGGUGGAAAUUGUGAGGAACUACACAGCUGAUUAUGACAAAACUCUAAUAUUCAACAAGAUUCACCAUGAACUCAAUCAGUUCUGCAGUGUACACACACUACAGGAGGUCUACAUUGAGUUGUUUGAUAUUAUCGAUGAGAACCUGAAGACUGCUUUGCAGAAAGAUCUUACUGUUAUGGCACCUGGACUUACAAUACAGGCAGUCCGUGUUACCAAGCCGAAGAUCCCUGAAUCUAUCAGGAGGAACUUUGAACUCAUGGAGGCAGAGAAGACUCGUCUGCUAAUAACAGCUCAGACUCAGAGGGUGGUGGAAAAGGAAGCCGAGACGGAAAGAAAGAGGGCCAUUAUUGAGGCUCAGAAAGUGGCCCAGGUAGCAGAGAUCCAUUUCCAACAGAAGGUGAUGGAGAAAGAGACGGAGAAGAGGAUCUCUCAAAUAGAGGAUUCUGCCUACUUGGCGAGAGAGAAGGCCAAAGCUGAUGCUGAGUAUUACUCCGCUGCCAAGUUUGCUGACGCAAACAGGGCGAAGUUAACCCCUGAGUACAUGGAGCUGAUGAAGUACCAGGCCAUAGCGGCUAACAGUAAGAUCUACUUUGGCCAGGACAUCCCUAACAUGUUUGUAGAGGGAACCAACAGCCCCCCUAAGUCUGGGCGCUCCCUUCAUCCGCCCAAUGCUCAACCCGACUCGUUAAAAUCAAAGCCAGAGGGGCAGUGAGUCCACAGCUCUGCCUCUGCAAAGGACAGGAGAACCUGAUGAGGACUUGUCUUGUCUGUGAGGUCGGGAGCACUGAACUGAAGAUGAUGGUUUGGAUAGCUUUGCAGCUAGUUUGGUGAAUAACGCACUUCAGUCUUAAAUCUAAAUGGCAAAGAAAAGUGUGUGGAAAUUUAAGGACAAGCAGAAGUGAGUUUCUUUUUUCUCGUUUUUUUUUUUUAACCUUCAACUGUUUUGUGGAAGACAAGCUUUAAGAAUAAGAAUGAUGCCAUAGUUAAAAAUGAAAAGCAUAGUAAAUGCUUAUGCCUGGGAAGGCGACAGCAAGUUGUCGCCCUAAUUUACACAUGCUUGCAAUCAGUGCAGUGUUGAACUUUUGCUGUUGGAUCUGCAUUCAUUUUUUUGUUUGUUGUAUGCAAGAGAGGUAAUGAAAAUAGUUUUAGAGAAUUAAUUUCUGGUUGAGUUGAACUGGAAGCUAACAGGUGACACUAAUUAAUUAAAUGCGGUUUGGUUUGUGUAAGUGUGUGUACUCUGGGCCAUCUUCUCACACUAAAUCACUAGUCGGUUCUUCUCUCUCAACAUGGAUGACUGUGAGGGCUGGUUAAUCACACCUCGUAUCAAAUGCUGCUUGUGGAUGAACUUAAAAUAGUUAUGAGCAUUAUACAUUUGUCAUUUACAGCAUUUCCAGUUGGCUGAAAUCAUACAGACAUGAAAACUGAUCUGGGAAAGGAUCAGGAACAAUAGCAUUCUAGAAACAAGUGGCCUGACUUUGUUAAAUAUCCCCUGAAUUUGCAUUAAGAUGGAUACAAUCCUACUGAUACUCAAGUCUUUGAAGCUGGAGGGCUGUCAUUGUGUGUUCGCAGUUUCUAUAGUAAAUAUACAGUGGUGUCAGAUUGGUAGUAAUGUAGUUUAUUUUCUGUUAGCUUGGCGGUAGUUUGCUGUUAGUUCUAGUUGAGAGUGCAGCGACCUCAUGAAGACUUGAGAUGAUGCACUAAGACCUGCUGUGGCAUUUACUGUAAGAAAAAGAAAAAGGGGUUUCAGUGCUGCCAAUAGAAAGUCAGUCAGAUUUUCUCUCCUCAAAGCUAGUGAGCUUUGAGAAAAAAAGCUCACUAGCUUGACAAUAAAAAAGUUGUACGAUAGUGCCACAGGAGGAAGUUGUGAUUUGUAUUUCUUGUGAAGAAGGCAGUACAUCUUUCUUUUCUCCAUCUGGUUUCGAUUAUCAGGGCAUGCAUGUGGAAAUGUGUAGUGACUUGAUUCAGAUGAUUAGUAGUGCCUGCAUCUGUCUGCCAACUCUGCUAUACAGCUUAUUGAUAUGUGAUGAAAUGUAAAUUCUCAGGAAAUUUACUUUUAUUUUAACAAAAAGCUGCUCAACGUUGGACACAGCUUACACCCUUAUAAGUCAAAAUUGACAAUUGUGCAAGAAAAAAAGAAAAUCUUUUGGCACAGAUGUCAAACAAGAAAGUAACAAUUUGAUUUAACGAUGAUUUUGUUUCAUUAGAAUAAAACGUUGUGUCUUCUGCAAAUAUUUGACAUGAGCACCUGGGACAUUGAAUAUUAUGAGCAUGUGGGUCUGUCAAAGUAUAAAUAAUAUAAACAAAAUCUCCUUUCUAUGGUCAAUGUUUACAUUUUUCUGUAAUGCAAGAAUUGAUAGGCUGCACAUUGUUUCAGUCUCUGCUACACAAUAUCUUUUUAAUGGCAACACAAGCAACACGCAGUUCCUAAUUACAGUGUUAACUUACUCUCGUGUGAGAAUCUGUUUAAUCUCUGAUCAGUUUCGUGUGACAAUAUGAGUUCCAGUACAACACAACAAGCGUCGCUCUAUUAAAAGAUGAAUGUUGACAAAGCUUGGGCUUUAAUAAGAUGCAAGUUGGUGCUAGUUUAUAUUGUAUGUUAUGAUGCUUUUGGAUUUUGUUCAGCUCUAUUACAUAGUACUUCCACUUUUCAGAAUGAAAGCCUUAAAUAAUAAUGGGUUACCCCAGACUUAAAGAUUCAGUGAUUCCUUUAAACUAAACAGCUCCCUUUGAACUCAAUUGUGAGACUUCUUAAGAGCUUGGAUGUAGAAACUGAACUGUACGGCCUCAUCACAGACUUAAUCUGAGAACGACUGAACUAGCAGUAAAGACUACUAGUGUUUGGAAGAUGUUGUGAUGUUUACUUGACCUAUGAAUGGCAGUUGAAGGCUGCAUUCUGCAUUUGCUUUGGUGGUGGGCUCAAAUAAAGAUGCAAAAGAGGAGUAUGAAUUAAUGAUUUUUUUUGGUCAAUAUUUUGUACAAUCUGUGAAAUUCAAACAUUGUCUCCUUGUUUUAAAAGGUUUAUAUGCAAAAAUGUUUUCAAGUUUUGACAAUGUUCUUAUGUAAAAUAAAACCUAUUUUGGUA